UAUUUUUUGUAUUGUCUGAUACCGAGUUGAGACACCAAGACCAAUGUGUCUAUGCCUUGAGACCCUCUAAGUCAAUGACCGCGACCGCGACUUUGAACCAUGACCCCAAUUGACAUGAUCAUACGUCUUCUUAAUAUCUAACUUACGAAUUUCCCCACUAGUGUUCUCUUUAGCCUUGAAUCUAUGAUGUCAUUUUCUAUAAAGAGGCUACAUCUAAAAUUUUUAUGCCCUUCACAAAUGCAUGCUGAUAAGUAUAAACCACUUUUCCCAUAAUCUUUUUUAAGUUUGUUAGCCAAAGCUUAUGCAAGAAGCUUGUAUUGCCUACCCACCAAACCAUUUGGUUUGAAAUCUUUCAAGUCCUAUGCUCCCCUUUUCUUAUGGACCAGUACAAGAAACGUGACAUUUAAGCUUUCUCUAAAGGAACGUUGCUCAAGGAACUCUCUAGAAAGUCGUAUCACUUGAUAGUUUACAAAGUCCUAAUAAUGUUGCCAAAACACCAUAGUGAAGUCGUUCAGCUCAAUAGCUUUAUCCCCAUAGAGACUUGAAAGGGAGACGAAAACUUCCUCUUCAGAAAAUGGAAUCUUUAAAUUCCUUAAAUCAUCUCUACCCAAGGACUCAAAGGUUAUUCCAUCAAUACUUGGUUUUUGCUCCCUUGCCUCAAUAAGAAGGUUAUAAAAAGUAUUACACUCCUUCCUUUAUAUUUGUAUCCUCGAAUAACAUUUCAUCAUUCAAGUUUCACCAUUAUUUUAGCCAAAUAGUUUCUUCUUCUAUGAGUGAUAGCCAUUUUAUGAAAGAAUUUGUUGUUUUUAUUUCCCUCAUUUAGCCAUAAUUCUUUUGAUUUUCACCUCCAAGAAAUUUCUUCCAUCACUACCCACUUGUUAAACUCAUCCACAAACCAAUCCGAUUUGAAGCUGCAACCUUUUUUGUUAUGACAUUCCCAAACACCUCGUUAUUUCAUAAUUUUCGGUUUUGUCCUAGCAUUCUAGCUUAGCUUCUAGGAUGUGCUGAAAGGAGCCCCUAACUUUGUAGCCCACCCACUAAUUUCUAACUUGGUGUUUGAAUCCUUUUACCUUAAGCGACGUAUUUUCAAACCUAAAAAGCAUUUUUCCCCUCCUCAUCCCACAUCCAUCUAAGAAAAUAGGAAAAUGGUUGGAGCUGAGUUUUGGCAAAACACUUUGUAUCAACCCACUAAAAUGAUUCUCCAAUUCUUUAGAUAUGAUGAACCGAUCCAACCCAUCACACUAAAUAAAAGGCCCAUCGGCCAUUAGGAGGUUUUGCUAAUGAAGCUCCUCAAUAAUCUCCAUGAAGCGCCUUAUUAGUGAUGAGCAUCUCCAUUCUCUAAUAAGUAACAAUAUUAAAGUCUUCAACACACCAGGGGUCAUACCAAACCCCUCUUAUAUUGUCCAAUACCACCCAUAUUUGGACUAGCCUACAACCUAUCUCUAUCACCCAUAAACAUGGACUCGGUAUCAGUGUUAGGUGCAUGCGCAGUUGCGUUCUUUUCUUUAACCCCUCUUUAGUAUUUUGAUAGGGAACAAGAAUGUAUUGAUAGCCAUAUCUGGGAAGAGUGUAAAGGAUGAUGAGAUUCUUAAAAAAAAAAAUCUUCUUCUUAAACUCCUCCUCAGUGUUAGGUGCAUGUGCAUUUGUGUUCUUUUCUUUAACCCCUCUUUAGUAUUUUGAUAGGGAACAAGAAUGUAUUGAUAGCCAUAGAUGGGAAGAGUGUAAAGAACAAUGAGAUUCUUAAAAAAGAAGAGAGAAAGAGAAAAAGAAAAAGAUAAGCCUUGCCAAGAAUGUACAUAAUAAGACAUUAAGGAAAAACUACAAUCAUUUAACCAUGAUUAGUCAAUGGGGGAAUUUUUUUUCAAACAAGUGCCAUCCAAGAAGUGUCUCCCUACUAAUAACAUUUUUGUUUUGUUAUUUGCUGAUCUAGGUUCAUGGCAUCCCUUAGAAAUUCUUAGAUUCUUUUAAUUUAAUAAGCAUAUCUCCAAUGUUUGCUCCUCUCAUUGCAAGGCCUAAGCAAUAAUAAUCAAAGUCCCUAUCUACAAAGAUCUUCCUAAAACUCAAUUUGGAGGUUCUUUUCAAGAGUACAACUAAUAUUUCAGUCUCAUUAGCUCAACUGUAGUCAAUUGUUUUAGAAAAAUCUUGAACAACAACUCUCUUGUGAUAUCCAUAGUUGUUAACGGCGCUUUUUGGGAGUUGCUAUGUUUGCCCACCAAAGUGCAUGCCUUGCCGAAGAGACACUUUAUUCUUGAAAUAUCUUAUUGUAUAUUGAAUUUUUAUAUAAUUAUAUAAGUUUUUUGUUGGAUUUUUAUUUUUUUUUAAUGCAUGAAAGCUUGAUUUUUUUUUUUUUUGGUUUACCUAGAUCAAAUUUUGGGUCAUAUUUUACAAAAUUGACAUGCAACCUAGAUUGCACCUCACUUUGCUCAAGCAUGGGUUGUCAAGUAAAUCCCAUGGAAGUUAAGUUUGAUAUAACAAAAUGGUGGAGACCGUUGACAAAUGGUAGUUCUCCUCCUUAUAAAAUAAGUGCACUACACCUUCUAAUCCAUGGAUAUAAAACUAAAUGGCAUACCAACAAACUCUUUUGUCAUUAGAGCCCAUAAAGAAAUAAAAAAUUGAAUAUGGUCCAUGGUUUGUACCUUAUAAAUUGGGUUACCUUCAUCCUCAAAUACUCCUCUAUUCCUAUCUAGCCAAAUCACCCACAAGUUAGCUAACAAAUCACAAAUCCAUAAGCUCUAACUCUAGUUUGUCUACGGCUCCUAAAAGGAAAUUAUUAGCAUUCAUGAGAUUUCUAUUUAGGCCACCUAAUACUUACCAUGAUAACAAGUUUUGUCAUAAUUCAUAUAUGGAAGGAUGCAAAAGAAAGAGAUAAUUAAUUGACUUGUCGCUUCUUUGCAUAAAACAUGUCUAUUGAAGCUAAGGGCUUUAUGAGUAUCAUGAUUUGAAACAAAUUGUUUGAGAAAUCCCAUGGCCACAUGACUUGUUCCUCUAGAAUUCUGAUAAACCCAAGACUUGAACUUAGAACCUUUUGUUUGAGAGUAAGAGCAUCUUCCAAUAAAAAAUUAAUUACUUAUCUUUAUCGUUCUUAUUUAAAGAGAUAAUUUUUUUUCCUAAAAAGCAAAUUAGAGAAAAUAAUAAUAAUGUGCUUAGCAAAAAGGAUCAUAACCUAAGUACACGAUUAGAAUACAAAUAGUACCAAUGGAAAAGGAAAACAAGAAAACAAAAGGCCACAUAUUGGUCUAACAUAGCCCUAAACUAUCAAUGAAAUCUAAAAGAGGGGCAUUAUCAAACUCUAUAGGGCCUCAAGAUCAAGCAAAAAGACUUAAGUAGAAAAUUUUUAAGCUUUAAAUAACAGAUGCUCCAUAACCCUGAAAACUCUACCAAAGAAAACAUACAAGCUAGCUUUCACGCUGUCAUACGUUCUCUCCAUCAGAAGGGUACAAAUAUUAAUACAAUAUACCUUCGUGUUCAAAAAGUCAUGUGAGUUACAGCACCUGUCAAGUUUUAUAUCUCUAAAGUUUCUUUUUAUGAGAAGAGCAAGAAUCGUAAUUUUAUGUAUUUUUUCUUUAAGAAAUGCUUUAAUCCCAAAUCUCAAUUAUACUCCCUCAGAUUUCCAAGAAAUGUAGGAGGGGAUUAGUAUCAGUACAUGAUUAUGCUUUCAUAAAUUUUGGCCUUUUUUUAAAUCAUAUCCAAGUGGAAAUGUUUAAUUUUCUUCGAUGUUUCCGAGGUCAUUGCAUAAAAGAGAGAGAGAAGAGAAAGAGAGAGAGACAUAAGUGGGAGAGAGAUAGAGAGAGAGGAUUGCAGAAGUGAGAGAGAGAGAAGUAGAGGGGAGCUAUCAUGAGCAUGAGGUCUGCAGCAAGAUCUAGAGCAGCUGCGUUGAGGUCUUCGGCAAGAUCUUCCUGUGCUCCUGGAGUCACGAGGUCUGCAGCAAGAUCUUUCCAUGCUCCCAUACUUACAAGGUCUGCAGCAAGAUCUUCCCGUGCUCCCAUACUUACAAGGUCUGCAGCAAGAUCUUCCCAUGCUCCCAUACUUACAAGGUCUGCAGCAAGAUCUUUGUGUGCUCUGGAUCCAUCUUCGAUUUCUAAAUCCAUUCCUUCAAGAUCUUCAUAUGCUCAAGAUGAGACUCUUGAUAGAUUAGAUUCAGAGACAAACAAUUCAAAACAAGCUUUUGGAUCUCUUGAAUUCUCAGUGGCUGGCUCCAGUGCUCGUCAGACCCUUCUUCCAGAUCAGAUGGUCCAUAUUCCAAGGAAGUUGAAAGCGCAAAAUUCAGAUAUUGUGUGGUCAGGAGAUGCGUGGAUUUGUACCAAACAGCUCAAGCACUACCCAGCUUUUUGCCGGGAUGAAACUACCAUUUCUGUUCAUUCGUUUGUAUUUAUUAUGGCUGAAGAUGAGAGCAACUAUCUUGGUUACUUGGAAGACUUGUAUGAAGAUAGGAAGGGACAGAAAAAGGUAAAAGUUCGUUGGUUUCAUCACAAGCAGGAAGUCAUGCGUGUAAUUCCAGGGCUGGAUCCACAGCCAAGAGAAGUGUUCAUCACGUCCCAUGUUCAGGUGAUUAGUGCGGAGUGUAUUGAUGGUCCUGCAACAGUCUUAACUCCUAAGCAUUAUGAGAAAUGCUUGGCUGUUGUUCCACAAACACUGUCAUCUGGAAUUCAUUUGUGCUGUAGGCAGUUUAAGAACAAUAAGGUCAAGCCCUUCACUCUAACUAAAUUACGUGGGUACUCUGAUCAAGCAAUCCUCUCCUGUUUAUCUUGCUCUCUUCAGCCUGAGGAAAAAGGCAAGUCCCUUAAAUUGGAUGACGAAGAAGAGGAAGAACUUGCUCAUAGAGACCCUGUAGGGCGGGGUGCUAAGAAGAAUAGAAGUCGCAGAGGGCAGCAAAGACUUGAGACUGGUUUUACUGUCAAGGACUCAACCCCCGGAAAUGAGAGCACAAAAUGUAAACCUGCACACUCGAAGUUGAAACUCAAAUUACCAAGGAACUCAACAGGCAUUAAGUUUGGUGAGCCCCAGACUCAGUAUCCUGUGUCUUUCAAGCUUCAUGAAAAGAUAGAGUUGCUCUGCCAGGACAGUGGGGUUCGAGGCUGCUGGUUCAGGUGUAAGAUCUUGCAGGCAUCACAGAAACGUCUCAAAGUUCAGUAUGCUGAUGUGGAGGAUGUAGAAGGACCUGGCAAUUUGGAGGAAUGGGUCCCUGCAUUUAGAGUGGCAGCUCCUGAUAAACUGGGAAUAAGAUGUGCAGGCCGCCUAACUAUCCGACCAUUUCCUCCUGAGGAUUGUACAGAAUAUACUUUUGAGGUUGGUGCAGCUGUUGAUGCAUGGUGGGGAGAUGGCUGGUGGGAAGGUGUUGUAACUAGAGUUGGCAUCUCUGGAAAUGAUAGCCUGCAAGUUUACUUACCAGGUGAAGGCAAGUUAUUGACUUUCGAGAAAAAGAAUCUGAGGACUUCAAGAGACUGGGUUGGCAACAAAUGGGUUGAACUAAAGUCAAAACCUGAUAUUCUCCACUGUGUACCUGUAACUGCCUCUACUAUGGCUGAGGCAUUUGACUCUGGUGCCUCUGCAUUGCUGGAUCACAACAUUCUCACAACUCACAAAGUUGAAGCUGUUGGAGAAUGUAAAAAAGCGUUACCUGGCUCAGGCCCACAUAGUGGUAUCCUGGAAAAUGUGCAGGGGCUUAACUUAAGGAAGCGGCUCUGUCACAACAAUGAAGAGAAAGCUAAAAAAGGUGUCAGUGACAGUUUGGUAGAAGAUUUUGAAUCUGCUGACCAGAAAUAUGUAGCAUCAGAAGACAUGGAAGUGGUCUUAUAAGUUGUAUGAGUAGAUGGCAUAGCUGUGGUAGAGAAUUUUUGGCCAUGAUACAAAAUCCUGAAGUUGGUUCCAUUUGUUACUCUGUAAAUAUGAUAUAGAGAAGUCUCAACAUCAGGAGUAGCUGCAGAGGAAGACUAUAAUCUCUCAGAGGUGUACAGAAGUUAAGCAGUUGAGGUAAGCUCUAAAAGUUACUGGGAUGAAGAUCCCAUUUAGUAAAUAUAACUCUGAUCCAUAGUAGAUUUUAACAGUAGUCUGUUUGCCCUUUGAAGAGUCACUCUGCAAUGUGUGGUUUUCUUGACCCCACAACAGCCAGUUGCCAGCAUGUUUCUUUUUGUCUAACGAACUCUGUUUUAUUCCCUUCUCAUUGCAUAGGUUUCUGUUUUGGAACUACAUCCUCUGGAGCUUUGAAUGUAAAUCUUAUAGUUGGUUUUUGUUCAGAGAAGAAUUUCAGGAUGUGUUUUAUGGUAA